AUGGUCCGCCGAAGCAUCCGCUUAAGCACCAAAGUGGUCGCCACAUCACCGCCAACCACAGCAUCAACACCACCAAUCCCAGCCAAACCCAAACCCAAGUCCAAACCAACAGCAAAAGUCGACAAAAAGGACCCCCCAACAAUCUACUUCCCCUCCCCCGCCGCCUUCAACACCUGGCUCCUAGCAAACACCUCCCAAAACCAAGGAAUAUGGCUCAAGAUCGCGAAAAAAGCAUCCUCCAUCCCCACCAUCACCUACGACCAAGCCAUCGACACGGCCCUCUGCCACGGCUGGAUCGACGGGCAGCGCAAGGCCCUCGACACAAACUACUUCAUCCAGCGGUUCACGCCCCGCCGCAAGAACAGCCUCUGGUCCAAGCGGAACGUCGACAAGGUGGCCGUGCUGAUCGACGAGGGGAGGAUGCAGGCCACGGGGCUGGCGGAGGUGCAUGCCGCGAAGGCAGAUGGGCGGUGGGACAGGGCGUACGCGGGCCCAGCGACGAUGGAGGUGCCCGGGGAUUUUGCGGAGGCGCUGGCGGCGAACAAGAAGGCGAGGGAUGUGUUUGAUGGGUUGGGGAGGAGUGCGAGGUUUCCGUUCUUGUGGAGGGUGACGACGGCGAAGACGGAGGAGACGAGGAGGAGGAAGAUAGAGCAGUUUGUGGAUAUGUUGAGUAGGGGGGAGACUUUGUGA